CAGACGGCAACUCUCGUUGUCCGCAGACUCUCCUUGACUCCCUGCACGGAGUUGUCGCGAUGCUUGGCAUUCGCGCGUCGCUGAGAGCGAGGCCAGUGCUCUGGACACUGCGGCCGACAGCGGCGAGACCACCAACGCGACUACCAUGCCGGGCCAUCCUCGCACAGAGGUCGCUCGCUACUCAGCCCCCGCCUCCUCAUCCUCCACAGGCACCCCAAUCGACAAAUCCUUCAACUCCAUCGCAGCCCGACUCUCCUUCAAACAAGCCGCUGACGACGCCUCCAUUACCUACCGAACGCCCGAAACCCUCGAUCCUCUCGCGCGUCCUUCCUGCGUCACUUGCGCAGACGGGCAAGACUACCUCCUCCUUCCGGAAGAUUGUCGCGCUCGCGAAGCCUGAGCGGAAGCCUCUCUCGAUUUCCAUUGGGCUACUGGUGGUCUCGAGCUCGGUCUCGAUGAGCAUCCCGUUCACGGUCGGACGGCUCAUUGAUUUCUUUACGUCUCCACAUCCGCAAGUCCCCCUAGGAUUGUCUUUGGGCCAAGCCUCGGCCUUGUUGUUCUUAAUGUUCACUGUUGGCGCGGCGGCAAACGCUGGACGCGCGAUGCUCAUGCGAAUAUCAGGCCAACGGAUUGUAGCCCGACUUCGCGAGAACAUGUACGGUGCUGCGCUUCAGCAGGAAGUGGAGUACGUGGAGCGUGGCGAAGGAGAUGUCCUCAGUCGCCUUAGCGUGGACUCGAACGUUGUUGGUGAUAGUUUGACCCAGAACCUCUCGGACGGCUUGCGGUCAAUAAUCAUGUCCUCCGCCGGCUUGGGAGCGAUGUUCUACAUCUCGCCGAAACUGACGUUCCUUAUGCUGGCUAUCGUCCCACCCAUAUCCCUCGGUGUCGUCUUCUAUGGGAGGUACCUUAAGCGGCUAUCCACGAGAACGCAAGAGGCCCUCGGCGAGAUGACGAAGGUCGCGCAAGAGUCAUUGUCGGCCCUCCGUACUGUGCAAUCCUACAACGCUGUCCCUCAAGAGCAACAGAAGUUCCACGAGAAGGUCGGAGACGUCCUCGCGCUUGCGCGCAAAGAGGCUAUCGCGUCUGGGAUCUUCUUUGGGAGCACGGGUUGGAGCGGGAACGUGACGCUGCUCGGUUUAUUGGGAUAUGGCGGAACAAUGGUCUCGCAAGGCCAGAUCUCAGUUGGUGACUUGACAAGCUUGCUGCUAUAUACCGUCUACGUUGGUAGCGGCCUGCAAAUGCUCACAUCAUUCUUCACGUCGAUCAUGCGCGGCGUCGGCGCGGGCGAGCGUAUCUUCGAGCUGCUCGACCGUCACCCUGCCAUCCCGCCGUACAGUGGCUUGGCCAUGGACCCGGCGCGACGCGGGCCCGUACGCUUCGAGGGCGUGUCUUUCCAGUACCCGAGCAGGCCAGGCGUAGAGAUCCUGAAGAACCUCGACUUGGAGGUCAAGGUCGGCGAGAGCGUUGCGCUCGUAGGACGGAGCGGUAGUGGCAAGUCAUCGAUUAACGCGCUGUUGCUGCGGUACUAUGAUCCUGUGAAGGGCAAAGUCACAUUUGAUGGCCAAGAUAUCCGGGAGUUCAAUCCCGCGUCAUGGCGCAGUAUUAUCGGCGUCGUUCCGCAGGACCCUGUCCUGUUCACAGGAACAAUAGCGUCCAACAUCGCAUACGGCAAUGAGGACGCAACUCAGGAGCAGAUCGAGGCUGCUGCCCGCGAAGCGAACUGUGAAUUCAUUUGGGGUAUGCCAAAAGGCUUCGACACCGAGAUCGGGCGUCUCAGCCUGAGCGGUGGGCAGCGGCAGCGGCUGGCGAUUGCGCGAGCACUGUUGAAGAAACCGGCGAUCCUCGCUCUGGACGAGGCUACGAGCUCAUUAGAUGCGACGUCCGAGCACAGGGUGAAUGAUGCGAUCGACAAGAUCCUGCGGUCUAGGCAAACGACCUGCCUUAUCGUCGCACAUCGCCUUUCGACCAUCGCUCGCGCUGAAAAGAUAGUUGUCCUGGAAGACGGCCACGUUGUGGAGGCAGGGACGUACAGGCAAUUGGUGAAUAGGGAAGGGUCGCGGUUCCGCGCACUCAUGGCUGCACAGCUGAAUGCCGCGGCCGGCAGCGCUCCAGCGGAGGUGCCCGCAGGAGAGGGCUCGCAUCACCCGCAAGAACAGCGAGCUCAGCCGGACGCUCAGCGAUGACCCGGAGGAAACAUCGAUACCUCUCUUGUUGGUCGUACGUAACGUUAGUAAUGUUGUAUCUAGACGCAAACUAGACUCUUGCAUGCGCUCGGUCUUGCGAGCAAUCAGGGUCCUUCGCAAGGUAAUCGCAGCAUCAAGUGAGCGGAAUGUUGCAGGCUCGCGGCGAUGGACGCGCGAUGUUCUGUCUUCGA